AUGCAUGAGGAGUACUGCUCCCACUUUAGGCCGGAGGCCGCGAGUGCGGCCUGGGAGGAGCUGGAGCCGCGGGCCCUGGCGCGGCUGCUGGCGGAGGAGCUGCGGCAGGAGGCGGUGGAGGGCUUCGUGGACGUGGGAAGCGGACUGGGGAAGCUGGUGGUACUGGCAGCAGCAAUCACGCCUGCGACUUGCUGGGGCAUCGAGCUGAGCCCCGUGCGCGCCGCGGAGGCCCGGCGCGCCUGGGCGCAACUCCAGAGCGAAGCGGACGCGGCUUUGCCCUGGACCCGGCGGGUGAGGCUGCUGCAGGGCAGCUGUCUGAAAGACCUCCCCGCGGAGGCGCUGGAGGCCUCGCACUUCCUCUUCACCAUGCGCCGCGUCGGCAAACUGCCCCGGGGCACGCGCCAGGUGUCGGAGCGCUUCCUGGACCUCCUACAGCAGUGCGCAGCCAAGGAGCGCGUGCUGUUGUCUGUGGGCAAACGUCUGGAGCCCCGCGAUGGGCUGGAGCACGUGGAUGCUUGUUUCCUGCGAGCUGAGUGGUCAGAUGAGGAGGACGUAUUGAUUCACCGCUACAUUCUGUCGAGGUAG